CUGGAUUGUGAAAGAAUGAGAAAAACAAAUGAAUUCCCUUCUCCAAAUGUUAACUCACAAACGGAUGCAGUCAUGAGGGGUCAGAAUGUAUCUCUAUCUUGUUUCAACCAGUACAAAUCACUGCGGAUCACCUAUUUUUUGUUUCGGGGUGAGAAAUGCUUGAGCAUCCAGAAUGGACCCAUGACUUUUAACCUAACAAUCUCAGAAGCCUGUGACUUGGGCCCCUACAAAUGCAAAGCCCAAGUUUCUAACUGUUCAAAAUACAGUCGUGAGUUCAACUUCACAUUUGUCGAUCCAGUGACUGCACCAGUGCUGAACAUCAGUGUUGUUCAAACAAAAACAGACAGAUACAUAAUGCUACGCUGCAUCUCAUUCAACGGCUCUCUGCCCAUCAAUUAUACUUUCUUUGAAAAAAACAUGGCCAUAUCACCAGCUAUCUCCAAGAAUGUAAGGGAGCCUGCUGAAUUUAACUUAACCAAGAAUAACACUGGAGAAGGGAAAGAGUAUAGGUGUAAAGCUAAAAACAGAUUGCCUGACCAUGCAAAAUACAGUCAACUCAUCACCAUACCCUCAACAGGAGGAGAGAGCUGUCCUUCCUGCCUGCAGCUACUGCUUCUGGGGUUUCUGCUUCUGGUGCUAAUAGUAAUAAUCCUAAUUCUGGCAUUUUGGAUGCUACCAAAGUACAAAGCAAGAAAAGCUAUGAAAGAUAAUGCACCCAGAGUCUAUGGAAAUACACCCAUGGAAGAUGGAACAUAUGCAAAUAUCUGUAAAAAUCAAGCAGAUGAGAAAUUUGUGCCAGGCUUAGAACCAAGGCAAUGUGUUUCCAAAGCCCGAGAUGGGACUGAAUACUCUCAGGAGAUACAUUAUGCCACCCCCAUGUUCCAGGAGGUGGCACCGAGAGAUCAGGAAACCUGUAAUGAUUGUAAAACUGGAUAUGUCUAUUCUGAACUCAUCUUCUGAGAUUUAAAGAUAGAAACUACAUCUCAGGGUUUUUCUUACAAUCUGGAGAUCAGAAAACUACUGCUGCUACUGUUAACCGCUGGUGCCUCUGCCACAACUGCCUCACCCAGAAACUGGAGCCCAAUGGAGUGUGGAGUUAUGCCACUGGAGACAUUUGCUUUUCAGUGGAAACCAUCACCUCCCUUCUACUUUCCAGGUCCCAUGUACAUGCAUCUAAUUGGUAGAAGAUAUUCACAGCCAUGCCCUGGCAGCAAA